GUUAAUAUGAUGCCCUUUUGGGCAUAGUGCUUUUGCUAACUGGAUUUCUACAGAGGUCAUACAGGAGAUUCUGAUGUGAUGAUGUAUUACGUACGGCACCAAGUACUGGUAAUAGAUACAGAAACAGAGGAUACUUAGUUAACAAAGGACAUUCUAGUUUUGUUACAUGGUUAACAGUGCUUACGAAAAGCCAGCUCCAUAGUAUGUCGUGACUGUCUGUCGUGUAGUCAAUAACAAGGGCGGCCCUGUAACAGGAUUUACCUAUAGUACACAUUCACUGGGAUGGAGAGAAAUACAAGGGCAAGUGAGAACGACUGAGAUCAGCGAUAGCAAGUUGUUACAUCAAGCAAGCGUAACAUCGCUUCAAACUUUCAGAGAAAGUGCCGUCGUAAAGUCGUCGGAACCUUUAAAAACUAUUUCAUUACAUUACGGAGGACUCAGUAAUGUAACAACAGAGGAGGGAUAUACCAGCUGACUCUCCUUGAGAAAAUAAUAUAUGUAUAUACCGGUGUAUAACCUGAAGACAGUCAGAAAGUAUGCUAGCAAACGGUAAAUGCCACCUCUAAAAAGUGAACACAGAGAAAAUGUUCGCAUUGCGCCAGUCCUGUGAAGUAUGACAACUGAGUUGAUGCACAGUAAUGAACAAUUGUUAUUUGAAAAGGGAACAGAGAAAGAAAAGAAAUAUUGUGUUGCGUAUUGCCAUUACAUGUUAACGAAGGACUAUGGACAUGAGGAUCACGAUGACUGACAUAUUUAUAAAUCUUCCAGUAGAUUGAUCAGGCUCCUACAGUAUUCCUCCUGUUCAUGUGUCAGUGUAGUAGAUACAUGAUGUACGCACUGAGAGAGAACAGUACGCGAUGUACCAGCGUGUUUUUGUUGUUGCUGUUGACGUUGGUUUCUCUGACACAUCAGCAAACGCCCUCAAUGACGAGAGGACACGAUAUUUGCAACUUAUACCGUAUUACAUGUUCAUUGCCUCGUAACCCAUGCGCUAUUAUUGGUAAAAAAUGUAUCAGUGUAGAAACUAACACAGAUCAGAACUCAAAUAAAACAUGCAAGUACAUAUGCAAGCCACAGAAACCUGUUGCUAAAACACCGUUUUCAAAUACCCAAGAAAACAUUUCUGCGAAUUCUUCGGUUCCCUUUAACGAGAGCAAUAAUGUCAGUAGUCCAUUUACAACAACUGCUCCUGAUUGGAAAUCUGACCCCGCCUAUUGUGAAAGAAAUUUUUUUUGCAAGAACGGGGGCCGUUGCCUUAGAAAGAAACGUGAAAACCAGACGGAUAUAUUAGCUUGCCAGUGUCCAAAAGAAUUUAAAGGGUCUUUAUGCCACUGGAAAUGUACAAAGAAAUGUCAGAACAACGGGAGUUGCAUUUUUCAUGAAGACAGUGAAAAAUGUCAGUGUCUGCGAAACUAUACCGGGCAGGAGUGUGAGAUGAAGGUGCAAGUGAAAGAACCAGACAAACCAGAGAUCUGGUACAUACCAGUGCUUAUCGCCUUUGCAGCCCUAAUUUUCUGUGUGCUGGUAAUUUUCAUCGUGCAGAAGCUGAGAUGGAGAUCUCUCCUGGUCACAAAAAUGUUCCACUUCUUCCAACCUUAUGAAGAUCACGAUGGAAAGCUGUUCGAUGCAUUUAUCUCAUUUCGGUCCAACAAAGCAGACUAUACUCAAAGCGAGGAUGAGAAAUUCGUUGUCCGCGUGUUACAACCCAUGUUGGAAAAAGAAUAUCAAUAUAAGGUGUGCGUCCACUACCGAGACUUUCCACCCGGAGACACAAUCGCCAAUAACAUUAUGUGGGCUGUGGAGAACAGCAGGAGAACCAUUAUGAUUCUCAGUCCGUUGUACGUUGGAAGUAAUUGGACACGUCUCGAAUAUCAAAAGGCUCUACAAGAAAUGCUGCAGCUACGUCACAAAAUCAUACCAGUCAUAUUCGAUGACAUCUCGGAUACACACAUCGAGGAUCCUACCCUGAAACAUAUCCUGUCAUCUGUAACCUAUAUUACUUAUCCUUCAGCCUCAGACGAAAGGGAACACAAUAAGUUCUGGCAGAUGUUGCAAAUGGCACUUCCAAAGAAACGUUCCUGUGAAGAAGAGACGUCAUCAACAUCAUCGCAUCCGCAACUGGCGCUGUCGUCUUCACAAACUCUCGUAUCCCAGGAAAGCUGGCAGAGUGGACGUACGGAUGUCACCGAUAUAUCAGAAGACAUUGAAAUGGAAGAAGUCCCGUGUAAUGAUCACGUGUCCGUAAACGUGAAUGAACUAGACAAAAUCAGAGUGACUUCAGCGAUAGAGACCCCAAACAAGAAACAGCUAACUUUGAAUAACAACGCUGAUAAAUUUAUCUCCAUUCUCGAGGGUGUCUCGUGAUGAGUAUGUUAAUAUACUUCAGAUGGGGGACUAUUCCAAGGACGAUAGCCAAGCGCGAUCGUGUUUGAUCUCUUUCCAGUUGAUGCUGGUGAUAUCGGAGGAUUACAUAUCCGAAUAUUCUCUUCUGAGCAGACCAACUUUUAUAAUGGUGUUCAUUUUAAUUCAUCAACCAAUUUCACAGUGCUCGUUAAGAUAAAGUUCGAUCUACUUCUUCCAGUCAAAGCACGAAGAGGUACUUUUUGACGCGGAGCUGGAAAGAAACAUUGGUCUACAACCGUAAUGGCAUAUUACACAAAGAGUUACCAAUCUUGUCUACUAAUGUCUAAAGACGUUAAAUUUCAAGAUGUGAAAGUUAUAGUUGGACAAGACAAAAGCUACGUCGAAUUGUGUGAUGAUUUGUAAAUUAUGUCAGCAUUUUAGCGAAUUUAUUGGAAAGCGUCUGGCUAAAACUUAGAAUGUUGUACAGUUUAGCUAAAUCUACCGACAUUGUUUUGUGUGAAGAUGUUUUGUUUGAAGAACCUAAGGCAUGGUGAAAACACGCACCAUUAGUUAGUACUGCAGAUUUAUUGGAAACGUCCGGUUAAAACUUAGAAUGUUGUACAGUUUUGCUAUAUCUACUAGAUAUUUUUUGUUUGAAGACGUUUUGCUUGAAGUACCUAAGGCGUGGUGAAAACACGAACUAUUAGUUGGUACUGCAGCUAUUACUUUUCAAGUUUUACAUUCUUGCCAUCGCUGUGGAGAAGCCUGACACUGCAGACUAUUUGCUUUCGGGUUUGCUCAGUUAAAACUGUGAUCAAACAGGGAUCAUUACAGCAUGAGCUGUCAAUCUGAAAUCUGCAGUUUCUGUCUCUGUAUACAGAACCAAGUGAAUUAGAGUAUAACUUUGAAAGUGCCAUAUAAAUAUAACGAUAUCUGAUUUAUGCAAAUAACACUGAAAUGGAAAGGAUAAAAUGCAUCAUCUAAUUGUCUGCAUAAACGUGAUGCUCAAAUGGGCGUGUAAGGUUUCCCAGAAGAAAGACAAUACCCUGAAAUGUUAUCUUACCUUGUUUCGCCCUGUUUUUGUUCGGUAUGGUAUUGCAUUUAAAAUGCGAUAUUCUGUACACAAUAAGAAAAUAUACAGACCUAUUUUAUAUUACUUGUGUGUAUACCUGUAAAUGCCAAAGGGUUCCGUUGACGUCAACCAUCCAGUAGACGAAUUUUAGGAACAUAAUUUGCUCAUCAUAGAACAAUAACCAUAAGGCGACGUAUAAACUCUUAAAAGUUUUUGUAUAUGACAAUUAAGAUUUUGAUGACAUGAAGUCACGUAAAAGAUUUAGCCACUUUCACAUGGCCUGUCAGAACUCACAAAGUGCUUCGUGUGACUUCCACAGAAAACACCAUGCACGAAUAAAAUCUAUUAUAACGUUAUUUGAUUACGGCAUUAUUCAUCUUUGACAUUAACUUAUGUCACGGUUAUAAUGGAAUAUAACGUAAUGCCAAAAAGCAUUUUUGUUUGAAAUUUAAACUGGUUGAAAUUUUAUUUGUCUGCAGAUUAAAUUGCAUACUAUUGUCAACUAUGUACAGUUUCAAUGGUCAUUCGCAUUCCCAACUUUCACACAUCUUGGAUAUUGUGCAGUUACGUCUUAGUGUAUUUUCCAUUGUGUCAUUAUACUUGUACUGAAUCCCACACUGUUUAGCUCUCAUUCAGUACUUGAUUCAUUAUGUGUAUAUUUGUUUGUUAUGGGAUUUGGGGGGAUUUUUUCUUGUUUUACAAUAUUGUAUGCAUUAUCAUGAACAAAAGUUGUAACGUAUUAUUGCUUCAAGAAUUAGUCACAUCGAUUUGAGUAUGCUAUAAUAAGGGUUUAAAAUAUGCUGAAGGAGAUGAUACAAGUUGAAAGUUAAAUUACCUACUUCAUGAUUAAAUGUGUUCAAAUAUGACCUAAACAAGAAUCUUUUAAAAAUGGAAAUGAACUUGGGACAAAAAUUUUAACUUACAAAACAAAUUCAAAUAUAAAUGAUGUCAUAGUUGUUUGCAUAGUUAACUAAUAAAAUAGUCUUGUUUACCUGAAAAAAAUCUUGAUGAAUGGAACCUGCAUUGAGCAAGGUUCACAAGUUCAUUUUACUUCAUUACUACACUUUUGAAGAGGUCAUAUUAAUUCAUGGAUUGCAUACGUCAAUGACUUGUACAUAUGUUUACAAAAGUGUUCUUAAUUGUACUGCUGAUAAAUUUGAUCAUUACAUAUUAAAUGAUUGUUU